AACUGCCGACACUAAACUAAAGACUGAUUAAAGACAAAGUGAUGGAACAAAUCUGACUCAAGCACAGGGCACCCACUGCUUUUGGGUCUUAAGUGGCCUGUCAAUUAACGGCAAAGUUUGGGGGCCAAAGCAGCGAAUGCGUUAAUGGGCCAGAAGCAAUACGGCCAAGUAGCCUCAUUAGGCGCCCUUCAGAGGAGCGGAUGGCAGUUUAACUACCGCACAAUCAGAUUGGAUUACGCAACGAAAGAUUAGCUCCAGUUCGGGGCAGGGAUAGUAGUCUACGAAUAGUUUUCCCUUUAAAAUGAGGCACUUGAUAGGGGAAUCCAAUCGAGAGCAGCCGAAUGCGUUAUACACUCAUCGAAAAAUGCUAAAUGUUCUUGAUUUUGGAUCCACAGGAUAGGCCUGCCCAUUGUGCACCCAGCUUUUCAGAAUACGACACUCGUGUUCAUUUGGAAAUUAGUGUUUGCUUCACCAAUUUUUAUGCCACUAAAUUAUGCAAAAGACAGCAAACAAAUUUGCCAAAAGCCAUCGAUAGAGACAGCGAGUGUGUGUGAUCAAACAAAGAGACACAGAUUCAGAGACAAUUACAUUUUCCCACUCUUUUGGCACCCUGACAGCAGCUGUCAGUGCCGGCGAACAAUUUCAAUCAGAAUUUGUUAGACUGUUGCUCUCCUCUCGACGGCGCUGGCUGUCAAAUCGGUAAUUGUGAUGACUGCAUUCUGGAUAGUUCCUAGAUCUUUUCCAAACAUACUCGUAUGUACAUAUAUUCUGGCAGAGUCGUUUCCUCUGCGAUUCACAUUCUCGUGGGAGGCAAAACAAGCCUUUCUCGGAGCACAGGCCGACCUCCAACCGAGUUGGUUUUCAAGGUGUCACAGCAGGCUGUCUCGGUUGGUCUCAAUACCCCCUAAUACUGUGACUACGACCAGGGAUUUUCUAUGGCCUUAUGCAAAACUCUUUUUUUUAGAUCACUUAUGAAAAACAGCGAAACAGCGACUACAACUCUGGUUUUUUUGUUCUAACCUCAAAAAGCAACAUGGUCGAAACAUCGUGGACUUUUCAAAUUCAAAAUGGCGGAUCUAAUAAGGCCGGAUACUCCCCGGCCUUGCUACAUCUACAUUUACAUCUACAUCUUCUCCCUUGAAAUAGAUCUUUUGAAGAGAAAAGAGCUCGGUAAAUCUCGAAACAAGAAAACUGACUUCAAAUUCGUAAUCAGCGACCCCAAAAGCCCAAAAAACCCAAAAAACCCAAAAAACCCAAAAAACCCUAAAAUACAUAGAAAUAUCGAACAUGAAGAAUAUUACUGUCACGAUUAUUCUGGCUGUCUGGCAGCUCGGCCAUUCUCUACGAUACUUGUGAAAAGUAUCGAGUCCAUCUACUCAGCGUCGUGCAUCAGCAUAAAUUUAUUACUAGCCCCGAAAAAAAGAAGUCAAAAAACGAAAAUUUUCGCGAUGCCGUUGAAACUAAAAGAAGCGUUUGAUUUAUUAUUUGCAAAAGUAGCGGAAGGGAGUUUGGAUACUCCGAUGAUUUCCAACGAUAUGGAAGAGAUUAACCAGAAAAUAUAUAAAGCCUUCCACGAUAUAAACUCCAUUUUCCAAGGACAGUUUCGUAUUUUAGGAGCAGAUAUUCAUCACUCUGAUCAAAAACAACUGCUGGUCCUUGCAAUGCCGUUCAAGAUUACUCCGAAUAAUGUAGUUCAGGACGAAGAAAUUGUGUCUAGAGAUUUGAAGACUGAUGUACGUCAUCCAGGUGUACGAAGCGGCUAUGUUAUUCCCGGCUUGAUAGCAUUCCACUUUGAUGUGGACUUGAAAAGAGCUCUGGCCAGUAUUGGUCAGGUGAUUUGUGCGAGUGGCAAGAAGUACACCCUUAUCGGCGGUAUGUCGGGUAAAAAUACCGAUGGAGGUCAAAUGUUUGAAAUUACGAACUCGGGCGUAAAGGAUCCACACCCCCUCUACAAAUUUCGUCUGAUUUAUAGUUUUCCAAAUGAUCCAACCCACUAUUUUGACAAUGGGUGUAAGUUUUGGCAACUGAACCAGAACGCUCAAGAGAAGGUACAGACUGAAACACGUAAGGCGGGGAAAUUGCUGUUUCAUUUAAGUGGAAGCAUACGCAAAGUCUACGACGCUUUAUUGGCAGUCAUGAGUAAAAAAUCACAUUGUGAUGCUAUCGAAUUGACCCUUGAGGGUCUGAAACACAUAAUUACUUUCUCUGACAAUUGCGGACACUUGUCCUUCGUGUACAACAAGCUAAUGGAUCUCAAGCAGUCGGACAGCGUGGACUUUGCAGAGCUACUGGCCUUGUGUGGCCUUAACUAAACGUACGAGAUACUCAUGAAGAAUGGGUCACGCAUAUGUGAAGGUUCUCUACUACCUUUUGAGCUUUCAGUAUCUUUUCAUAUUCUGCAUUAUAACAAUAAAACAACCAUUACAUAUGCAUUA